AAUAUUUCUUUUUCAAAAGAGGGUGAAAAUGUAAGAUAAACAUGGAAGUUACUUUUAUUGAUAUUUUCCGGUGGACUGAACAUGAAAUCAUUUCACUAUUGGUCGUUGGUGUUGUCACCGUUCACACUAUAAAUUUAUCUCGUCUCCGUUAAACGAUUAAACCUCACCGGAGAACUCCUAGUCAGUUCCGAUGGCACAGCUGUUGAGGAGGGUUUGGGAAUCGGUUUCCAGUGGUUGGAAUUCGAGUGAUUCUUCUUCAAACUCGCUAUACAAUUUGGACUACAGCCCGGUUCAUGGAACCCUAUCCGAUCAGAUUAUCAUCUGUUCCUCAUCCACUGGGGCAUUUGAUCAGUUGCCUCUAGAUAUAUUUAUGCAAAUACUCAAGCUUCUCGGACCAAAAGAGGCUGCUAGACUCACAUGUGUUUGCAAAUCGUGGAAAUUCAUAGUUUCAGAUAACAUGUUAUGGAUAUUCUUUCUUCAGAACCAACAGGAUCCCUGGGACUCAAUUUUCUUUGCGGAAACUAACUUACGAUCUGGUUUUCCUCUCCGAACGUAUCCUCGUCAGAUGCAAUCAUUUAUGCAUAUUUAUGGUGAACGAGCAAAAGUUCCUGGAGCUAUCAUCGUUGAUGGUGGUGCUGGUUAUUGCAAAUUUGGUUGGAGCAAGUAUGAUUCUCCAUCAGGGCGUUCAGCAACAUUUGUGGAAUUUGGUAACAUUGAGUCUCCAUUGUACGCUAGGCUUCGUCAUUUUUUUGCAACAAUUUAUAGCAGGAUGCGUGUUAAGUCAUCUAUGCAUCCAGUCAUUAUCUCAAUUCCAAUCUCCCAUUAUGAUGAUACUGGUGCUGAUAAAGCUUUUAGACGCCAACUCAAAGAAGCAAUUUACUCAGCAUUGUUUGGAAUGAAGGUUCCUUCUGUGUGUGCAGUCAGUCAGGCAACUUUAGCUUUGUUUUCAGCAAGAAGAACAUCUGGAAUUCUUGUAAAUAUCGGUUUCCAUCAAACAUCUGUUGUCCCAAUUUUACAUGGUAAAGUAAUGCAUAAAGUGGGUGUUGUAUCUACGGGUGUUGGAGGCUUAAAGCUUACUGAAUACCUUAAAGAGCAACUUCGUCUAAGAAAUCUACAUGUUUCUUCAUUAUACACUGUUCGCUCAUUGAAAGAGAAUCUUUGCUAUGUUGCUUUUGACUAUGAGAACGAAUUAAAGAAGGAUAAUACAAAAGCAUCAUACAAAGUUGCUUCUGAGGGAUUCUUUACUCUUGAGAAAGAACGUUUCCAAACAGGAGAGAUUCUCUUUCAGCCACAUAUUGCAGGAUUAAUAAAUGCAAUGGGUCUGCAUCAGGCAGUGGCAAAUUGCAUUGAGCGUUGCCAUGCUGCCAAAAUGAGAACCGAUCACACUUGGUUCAAGACAGUUGUGUUGGCUGGAGGCACUGCAUGUUUACCAGGUUUACAAGAAAGAUUAGAAAAGGAAGUACAUGAUCUUCUACCUCCCUCCAUAUCCAAUGGAAUUCGUGUCAUCACUUCCCCUUAUGGUGCUGAUUCUGCAUGGUAUGGAGCAAAGCUUCUCAGCAAUUUGAGCACAUUUCCAAAUUCAUGGUGCAUCACAGAGGAGACUCAGUCAAAGUCAAAAAGAUCCCUCAUAUGGUGAAAACUUAUAUGCUACAAAUAAGAGUGUUGUUGUUGUUGUUGUUAUUGUUGUAAUCUAUAUAAUUAUGUAAUAAUAAUAAUAUUUCAGUAUUUGUAAAAUAAGACACGAAAUAUUAUUUAUAAGAGUUGUUGUAUUGAAACUCACGGGAGAAACAUGAUUAGGAAUAAUUGUGAAACUAGAAUUAGCAGUAGUGAGAAGUGAUCGGAGAUGUUGUUGGAAGUAGAAUCUUGUGGUGGAACUGCGUCGCAGACAAGCCCAGCUUUGUUGUCGUGACAUAAGUUGGAGAAAAUGCCAGGUGGAUAGCUUCCAUAGAGGUUGAUGUAGCUGAACAUUUGUGUUGAACAUUGGUUUGAUAAGUCGUUUAAUUCAUCAGCGUAAGGGCAAGCGAAGUCUUUGAAAGCUUGACAGCAGAGAUUUGGGGGGUAUUUUGGUCCUUUGCAACGGCUGGUGAUGAUUGUGUAGUUCAUGGUCUCGAAGCUUAAUGGGCAUGCUGCACAUUCAAAUAAUGAAAUUUAAAACCUAAAAAAUUGUUUGAGUAGAAGCAAAUGGAUAAGUGUUAUUGGUUGUAAUUUUAUGAAAUUAGGGCAUGGAUUUAUGAAUGAAAUUGAUGAUAGUGAAUUGGGAGAAAUGAGGGAGACGUUUCUUAUCCUGGAGGAGAUUUCGUCCGAUUGAAGGUUGAGAAGGGAAGGCGUUAUCUGUUUAGAGAUAAGAAAUACGAUAAGAAUGUGAGGAAAUCCAUGGAAAACCCUAAAAACUUAGAACAAACCUGAAAGGGAAAAUGGUAAGAGUAGAAGUGGCAGCAGAAAGCAGAAAUUUGCGAUCGUCAUAGCAGAUUGUUUUUUUUUUUUUUUGAUGAG